AUAAACCUUGCAUACUAAUAUUAAUAAAUAACAGUACAAAUCUUUGAAUAAUGUAAUAAAAUAUAAAAGCACUCAUAAUGUUUUUCACAGUAGCUGUUUUUAACUGUUUAUAACCAUGCAGUAAAUCAGUGAUAUUACAUUGUAUUCCUAUUACACAUCUCAAAAAACCCAAAACAUAACCUGGCAAUACUGUCACACGUAAAACAGGUUCAAGGUUAUCUAAAAGGAGGAGGUGCCUAACCUGACACUCAAAGAGAGCCAGCAAUGAUAAACAAUUCUUGGUAGUGUUUAGAGUAUUUUCAGCUGGGUAUCAGACGAAACAAAGAGGUAUCCUGUGACUCCAUUUCAAAUACAAAUUGAGAAGACUAUUUUUGAACCAUGUUGGGUUUCUGUGGAGAUGGAUGGCGAACGCGUUUGUUACUCACUCCUUCAAGGUCAAAAUCGUCAGACACGAGUAAUUGAUGGAAGGAAAUGUGGUGAUGAAAUCCGAGAACUGGCUUUCUCUCUUCCGUUGAUGACAGAUGAGACACGUGCUGGACAGAAGAGGAUCGACGCGGCUGGUUCCAUCACAGUAAAGUUGAUCGAGGCUGUCAAUAUAGGGCUACAGAGUUUUAUACCAGCGACGAAAGUAAAAACUAAUUACUUGCCGCAAGGAGAAUUCCCACAGCUUUCGAAACAAGAUGUAUCAAAGAAAGAGAAUCUUGGAGCUGUUGUACGAGAAGGCAGGACAAUUCUGAAGCUCAUGUACAACCAGCAUCAGGGAAGGAAGACGCGCAUAAGAUACGUGAAGGGCAAACUUCUCGAGGAGAUGACCGUACACUACCGGCCUCUAGAAUCGCUGCUGGACCUUGGGGUUAUAUUACUUGACGAGUACAAGCGACUGAAGAAGUCGAUGACCGUGGAUAUUGAGGAACCAUUAGUUCCAUGCGACACACUGCCAGCCAGCAGCAACAGCACAGACGAUAAAAAGAAAGCAUGCACAGAAGAGGUGCAGAAUAUCGUAAGUUCAGAUCAUGUGCAAAAUAACAUUGCUGCUGGCAGCACACUGGUGAAGACAGAAAGUGUCACUGUAAAUACGUUGUUGAAACAGGAAUUCCCAGUCACACAGACACCGUGUUCAAACAAUGGUUUGCCUAAAGUCGAAAACGGAGGAGAGAAAAUGACAUCAGAUUUUCUCAACAUGAAAUUGGAAAUGACAAACUCAUAUGAUGAUGUGAUCUACAUAGAAGACGACGAUGUGACAUACAUCAGUUCAUGUGUGCGUGACAGCAACAAUGAUGACAUCGUGUGUCUGGGUGACGAGAGCAUCAUUUACCUCGGUGACGACAGCUGCUAUGUGUUUGACACGACACCACAGGAUAUAUCUAUGGUGGACCUCACAGACGACGUGCCUUCCUGAAUGUGGACCAUGUCUGAUAGCAUCUACUGCUGCUCUCCACUAUUGCAUUGUCAUGUAUUGUGUAUUGUCAUGGUGUCAGACUUUAUUACAUUGUCAUGUAUUGUGUAUUGUCAGGGUGUCAGACUUUAUUGCAUUGUCAUGUAUUGUGUAUUGUCAGGGCAUCAGACUUUAUUGCAUUGUCAUGUUUUGUGUAUUGUCGGUGUCAACUUUAUUGCAUUGUCAUGUAUUGGUGUAUUGUCAGGGCGUCAGACUUUAUUGCAUUGUCAUGUAUUGUGUAUUGUCAGGGUGUUAGACUUUAUUGCAUUGUCAUGUAUUGUGUAUUGUCAGGGUGUCGGUGUCAUGUAUUGUGUAUUGUCAGGGCAUCAACUUUAUUGCAUUGUCAUGUAUUGUGUAUUGUCAGGGCGUCAGACUUUAUUGCAUUUUAUGUUUUGUGUAUUGUCAGGGUGUCAAACUUUAUUGCAUUGUCAUGUAUUGGUGUAUUGUCAGAGAUUUAUCCAGGCAUUCUGUGGGUCCGGACAUAGGCCCCUUCCCAAAAGAAAGUGACACUGAAAAUUUUCAAUUUCUGUUCUAAAAAUUCACAAUACCGGUAUAUACUGAUGGAAAGAAAUAAAGUAACACGUGAGAAAUAACAUCAAAUGUUGACUACAACCAAAAUCCUCGUCCACAAGUAUCAGGAAAUUAAACGUGUUACUGGCGGUCAACCCCACAGUACUGACAUGCAGUGCCACAAUACAUCUCUGUAUUUUAUACACACAUUACUACUCCAGUAGUGAAUUACAUUUGGUCUCAUAUACCACAUGUUCCCUUAUUUCUUUCCAUCAGUAUAUAUUUUUUUUUGUUAUGUCUGUUCUAAUAAAUUAAUUUAACAUUUUGUGUACUGCAUCAUUCAGUCGCCUUAAAUGUAUCACAAGUGUGAUGUGCUCACGCUAAUUUUCCCAGUCCCAUCAAACAUGGGACCCUGCUGAAGUAUCCUAGACAAAUCCCUGGUUGUGUUGUCAUUGUUUGCAGGCUUUCAAGCGGGCCCUUCUUUUCCCUCUUUUAUUUGUUAGGCUCCUACCUUUGCACACUUUUUCUUGAAAAAGCCCUACUGUCCCUACCUUUUCAUAAAAAUAGUUAGAGAAAUAAUAGAAAAGUUUUAAUUAAAUGCAUUGAUUAACUAAUCUAAAUCUUGAUUUUAAUAAGAAGCAGUUUCUAGUAUUUUUGUAGGAUAAGUUUGUUGCAGUAGGUCUCCAGUGCUGUAAGAGGGGUUCCAUGAUGAGAAUGACUGGUGCAUGUUGACAAGUCAUCUCCUCAUUCUGUUGCUGAAUUCCUCUUGAAGCACUGGUUUCUAAGCAAUGAUACACUACAUGCACAUCAGAAUUGGUGAAUAGGUCAGUAGUCGUUUAUUUGCAUCAAAAAGGUAAGUAAAGAGCCCUACUUUUCCCUACUUUUAAAAAGAAAUCAUCCUACUUUUAUCCCUACCUUUUUGUUAUUGGUCACUUGAAAGCCUGUGUUUGUUGCAGGGACUCUCUCACCUUUGUUUAAAGGACUUUACUGCCAUUUUAACAUGUUUUCAGCUAACCAGCAAAAUGACCACACCCCCCCCCCCCCCCAAAACAAAUGGGGUCAAAUUGCCAAGUUGUUUUUUGCAGUAGUGAGAAGUCGAAGUCCAAUAUUUUGAACAUAAUCUUAAUUUCAAAAACAAAAAUCAUACAACAGAUUUCAAGACACUGACUAGUUUAGUGUCAUAGCUGCCUUAACACCUUGGUCUGUUUUACUUGGUACAAGACUGUAUAUUGAUGCAUGUCACACCAUUUUUUCUUUCUUUUCGGACAGUCAUUUCAGUAAUGCCAAAAAAUACUCAUUACUUUUAUUUUAACAUUACAAUGACCCAUUAAUUUUCAGAUACUGAAUGAUAUCGCAUUUUUAAUGAAAAUAUUCAAUUGUUUUGCUUAAAAUUUUAUUACCAGAAUUAGUAUUUAAUAACGCCAUAUUAAGAUUCAAACUGAGUGUAUACUUAAGAAACUUUACAACUGAACAUGGAACGAUAAACAUUCACUUUGCCUGUUAUUGUUUUUUCAAACUUCUCCCUUUCACCCUAGAAGAGAUAACUCAUUUUUCCUAUUCUAGAUUAGGACUUGGCUAAUAGCCUUUUAAAUUUAAAGCAACGAAAAUGAUUUAUUAAAUACAUUUUCAGAAAUUCUGGUGAACUUAUUGUCCAUAUAGCCAAUGUGUUUGGUUAUCCUAAUGUUUGUACUAGGGGUGUCACAAUAUACAUACCUCAAUAUAACGAUAUGUAUCACGAUGCCUACUUCACAGUGUUUUCCCAGUAAAACAAGAAUUUGAAGUUUGGGUGAAAUUAUUUUUAAAAUAAGAAAUAAACAUGAUAAAAUAAAAAUGUUGAUUAAACCGUAUUAAACAAUAGACAUAUUGACAUAAGCAGGCACAUAUUCUUAGUCCAUUUCACGGUUUUUCCUUGAUUGUAAUAACUUUCAAUACGUACAUCUCAGUACAAAGUGGUGUUGGUAAUUAAAAUAGGAAUCUGUCAAAAUAUAAAUGGAUACACAAGCAAGAGUAUCGUGAAUCAUAUCGCCAGCAGUAGUAUCGUGAUAUAUCGUAUGAAACCCCUAGUUUGUACAAUAGCAAUUCAGUUUGGAAUUUGCAACACUACAAGUUGACAGGUCUUAAAGAAGAAUAUGUUAUGAAGAAUUACUACAACUUUAUGACAACCAGAAACUCUUUGGAUAUACUGAUAUUGGUAUGUGUCCGGUAUUCUAAGCAAGAAAACUAUAAUUAAUAUAAUUUAAAUUGCCCUUUAAUACUAUUUACUUAUAUGCGGAGCUCGAUUUAUUUUUUCAAUUAGUUUGAGAUUCAUCUUGGUCAAGUUGACCUUUAAUAAAAAAUGAUGGCUUCAUCAAACCUUACAUUUUUGUGUUAAAUUUUAAGAUGGAUCUUAAAAAACGAAGCUCCAUGAAGAAUUUUGUUUGUUUUCAAUUUUAUGUAUAAACAUUGUUAAAGUGAUUGGCUAACACCACGGGAAAUCCUGAUAAACGGAAACCCAACUUUAAAUAUCAACGUUUGUAGGUUUUUGGCUUCAUAUAUGUAUAUAUUUUGUUUGUAUUUUGUGGUUUUCAGAUGAAUACCAGAUAACAAUAUUGGUUUAAUUAUUUUUCAGAUGAUAAAUCUCAGAUUUUAUACAAUGUCAGAUAAAUAUGGAACUUUUCAUGUUCUUAUGACAAGAGUGCUAAGGAUUUUUUUUUCUUUUCAACAAAUAAAGCAUUUUAUAAAUUUU